AAAAAAAUGUAAAGAAAAUAGUAAUACGAAAGUGAUUUCAAUAAUUUUUAAGAAGCCAGCACAAUUUCACUUGAUUAAAUGUUCAAAUAGUAAGACCACGCAGAAAAGCAUAAGGAAUUAUGCCUUAGAAACGCUAAGACUUUUGAAUUAUUUGCCACAUGUAUUAUUUGUAGAUUUAUGUAGGUAUGGAAAGACAUGAAGGCAAAAUCGAUAAUAUGGCUAAGUACCUCUCAAUGAAAAUGCUAUUCAUUGAAAAAUAAGCACUUUAAUGCUAUAAAGGAAAUACAAAUGAUCGAGAAUACGAAAGAUGCCAUCAAAGAGUUGAAUAACAGCUUCACGACGUAUACAGUGAAUACUACUAAGGCUUACUUAACCUUUGACUUUAUAUAUAUUAUUUAACAAUCAAUC